AUGGCGGACCUGCUCUACCGUUUCAAGCGGUACAACCCCGGGAAAAAGCUCAAGCUCAACUUCAUUGCCGAUCCUCCCCCUCUUCCUGAAGGCAUAACCGAAGAAAUGGUCGAGGAGUACGAGGGAGAGGAUGCCACAGAAGAGGCUCCUGCCGAUCCCGAAAGGGGUACUGCCGAAGGCAAUGGAGUUACGGCCGAAGCCGAUGAGGCUGCCGCCUGA